AAGCGAUGCGAUUACUAUCAAUCUCCGUCAUCUUCCGCAUUAACUCCUAAAAGAAGCAAAAGAGUUUGAUUUCGUCUUCGAGCUCGCGAUCUUUAGCUUCCACGCGACAGAACCCUUCAAAUUGACGUCGAUUUGGUUCCGACUGUUUUCCGGUGAAGUUGAUUCAGAGGGUAUUCGAUGGCAUACGUCGACCACGCGUUCUCGAUAUCGGACGAGGACCUAAUGAUUGGGACUUCGUACACCGUCAGUAAUCGACCGCCGGUGAAAGAGAUCUCACUCGCGGUGGCUCUCCUCGUGUUCGGAACCCUAGGAAUUGUUUCCGGUUUCUUCAUGGCGUACAAUAAAGUUGGUGGUGAUCGAGGCCAUGGGAUCUUCUUCAUUGUCCUCGGGUGUCUUCUGUUUAUCCCAGGGUUUUACUAUACACGGAUUGCAUAUUACGCUUACAAAGGAUACAAAGGUUUCUCCUUCUCAAACAUACCAUCGGUUUAACCCCUUAUGAAUCCUCGGUCUCUUCUCUCUUACUCGAUGUAUAGGUGGUUGUUUCUGAGGGCAGGUUUUAUUUUGCUUAAAAGCAAUGACUUCUUCUCUUUAGUGUGAUUUUAAUUUUUAACAUUACUUGAAUGAUCCAUGUUUGAUAUGUAUCUCUAGUUUUAGUAGGUGAAUGAAAUUUCGUUUUAACA